UGGGCCGGGCGCCGGGCGGGCGCGGGGCCGCGGCCAUGGUGGAGCGCGCAGACGAGGCGCCGCUGCUCUUCUGGGCCGAGGGCCCCGCCGUGUCGGCGCCGCCGCCCCCCGCGGCCGAGGCGGGCGGCGGCGGCGGCGGGCGGCGGCUCGGCGGCAGCUGGAGCGCGGUUCCGUGGGGCGGCGAGGGGCCGGCGGAAGCGGUGGGGCCGCCGCGGCCGGAGGCGGAGGAGGACCAGAUCGUGGCCGUCUUCGUGGUCACCUUCGACCCCCGCACGGGCAACAUGGUAGAGUGGUGUUUACCCCAAGAUAUUGAUUUGGAAGGCGUGGAAUUCAAAUCAAUGGCAAGCGGGUCCCACAAAAUCCAGUCAGAUUUCAUUUAUUUCCGGAAAGGGCUCUGUUUUGGCCUGGCCUGUUUUGCCAACAUGCCUGUGGAGAGUGAGUUAGAGCGUGGUGCCCGCAUGAAGUCCGUGGGGAUUCUCUCCCCUUCCUACACCCUGCUGUAUAGGUACAUGCACUUCCUGGAGAACCAGGUCAGACACCAGCUGGAGAUGCCAGGGCACUACUCCCAUCUAGAGGCGUUCUAUGAUGACAAGAAAGGAGUUCUCCCUGAUAGCAAGGGCACCCCCACCUCUCAGCAACCUGUCCACUGGCUGCCAUCCAUCCACAGAUACAUGUACCCAGAGAUGAAGAUCACACACCCUGCUGGCUGUAUGUCUCAGUUCAUCAAAUUCUUCGGUGAGCAGAUCCUUGUCCUCUGGAAGUUUGCCCUGCUGCGCAAGCGCAUAUUGAUAUUUUCACCGCCCCCAGUUGGAGUUGUCUGCUAUAGAGUGUAUUGCUGCUGUUGCCUUGCCAACGUUUCUCUACCUGGUCUUGGAGGAACUGUCCCAGAGUCCAAACCAUUCUUCUAUGUAAAUGUGGCAGACAUAGAAAUGCUGGAGACAGAAGUAUCCUAUGUGGCCUGUACAACAGAAAAGAUCUUUGAAGAGAAACGGGAUCUCUAUGAUGUCUAUGUGGACAACCAAAAUGUGAAGACGCAUCAUGAGCAUCUGCAACCACUCCUGAAAAUUAACAAUGCUGACAAGGAGAAGUACCGACGGCUCAAUGACCAGAGGCAGAUGUUAAUGUAUUCUCAAGAAGUGGGUGAAGAUUGUAGCUCCUGUGAAGAGGACCUUUUCAUCUUGUUUUUCAUGGAGCAGAACAACCGCAUAUUUCAGACGCUGAUGGAGGUGUCAGCCAGCCAGGACAAGACACUGACAGCUGACCACGCACGAGGCAUGGGCCUGGAUCCCCAAGGGGAUCGAAGUUUCCUUAUGGACCUGCUGGAAGUGUAUGGCAUUGAUGUUAUGCUAGUCAUUGACAACCCCUGCUGCACUUAAACCAAGGGCAAGAGAGAUGGGGAGCAAAGAUCACUUUUAAAGACUACCAGACAUUGCUUAGGAGGAUCACUGGAAUGCACCGCAGCCACUGGACGGAUCUCAUUUUAUUUAAUAACUUUAUAUGGAGGAUAUUUAUAAUUUUAAAACAAAAUGUGAUUUUAUUUUCUCCCCCUCCACUUCCCAAUGAGUACCUCCUCCAUUUUUUUUUUGUCUCCCUUUCUCUUUCAUUUGUGUUUGUUUUUGUUUUGCUCAGAUAGGACCAGUGGCACCUUUGCACCAGUCCUCACUGGUGCAGUGACAGCUAGGUUUUGGCCUAGCCUGAAUACCUGAGGGCUGACUUCAGGAAAGCACUUUGUCUGAUGGGGACCAAUGUGAAAUGCUGUAGCUGAGCUCUCACGACUUGACUGGAAAACCCUGCUAUCAUCCCCUCUUCCACUUGGGGACUGAAGAGAGCUUCAGCAGAGGCUGUUAGCGGCCCAGUCUCAUAAAACAUCUCCUGUCCUACCAUGUUUAUUGGUGGGGACAGUUUAACCAAUGAUAAAAAACAGAACUCCUUUAAACACCCCUCACCCAACUUCUAGCAGCUGAGUUGGAAUAAUGUUACCAUUCUUUGUCAAUGGCAGAAGCAAGUUUGGGAUAAGGGGGUGCUACAGGAUCUUAUGACUUACCGGAGCAGCACGGUUUCACGUCCAGCGUUUGAGGUGGUGUAAACUGGCAAAGACUAUACUACUGACUACCUAUCUCAUAGCUGGAGAAGAGCACCAUCUCUACUUAAACCCCUCCUUCCACUUCCUCUGGUUUUCAGUUGCAUCACACCUGCUGCUUUGGUUCGAAAUCUUCAAACCAGCAAGACGGUCUCACAUUUAACAGGGACCAACAUCACUGAGCCACCUUGCAGCCGCUAUGCUCUCCAGCCUCAGCUCAGAUGGAGCUGGGCGGGAUUGGGUUGAUUAAGUAUGCUUUAACUAAUGUCACUAGCCCUUCCUUUGUAGCAGAUGGUACCUGUCACUCCUGUGCUUUAACGUUGUCUGCUGAUCCUCCUUUUCUCACGCAGCCUUCAGCACUGCCUGCCGCUGUCCUUGGCUUUAUGUGAGACCAAGAGCAGUAUGUGACCUUUCAGCUGGACCAGCUUUGCAGUUUGCAGGAGGUUCCUUUUGAGUUCAGUGUUCUUAACUGGCAGAGCAACGCAGACAGAAGCAAUGUCUAACAGCAAGCCUUUUCUUUUUCCUGAGCAGAGAAGCUGUAAAACCAGAUGAACAGUAUUCUUGUGCUGUGGAAAGAACAGGAUUCAGUUCAUGCAGGGACAUUGGUUCCCUCCAGGAAGGCUGUCCCUGUAAGAGUAAUCCUUUGGCCGUGCUAAAUCCAAGAAUGAUACUGUGGGUUCUAGGUGUGAUGUACUGUUUUGCCCCAAAUUCUUCAGCCAGUAGUAGCAUCAGCUUUAAGCUAACUGUUCUUCUUGAACUGUGGCUAUAGCUAAUUAGCUGCUGCUUCUACUGUAAUAGACUUCAGCACCCUUAAAGCCUUUCUGCAGUUUGUAGAAAUGCGAACUGUAGUGGAUGUAUCCAUUUAUCUUAGCAUUUUAUAGGCUGAGAGAGAGCCUGAACCACCAAAGUCUCACCUGCUAAUUCCUUUUAAAACAGCUGAAGCAAAUAUUCUCCAAGUAGACCUUCUGUGGAUUGUCUCCCUCUGGAAGGAAGGAGGCUGGCAUGGCUUGUUUUUCCUUUGAAGGCCGUCUGGAGCCAAGGAGUAGUUUUGCUUGCUGUGGAUUCAGAGGUUUUAGUGAGGUGUGGGAUCAGGGGCCUCACAAGGCUUAGUGCACAGUUCAUCGCUAUGAGCUUCAGCAUAUUAUGUUCCUGUGAUCUGCCUGUCUCAGAGCAGUCACUCCCUUGCCUGCUUUUUCAGGGCUUUGGAUGUUUUUGUACAGGAAAAAUCAUGCUGCUGCGUCUUAUACUGCCAGUUGCUCAUAACUGUAACAUAAUCAUCCUUGGCAGGUAGGGGAAAAAAAAUGGAGAAAGAGGAAAAAGUGGAGCUGAAUAUCAUUUAAUGGAAAAGACCAGUCCUUUUCCUUAAGAAAGUCUUUGUUUUUAAAUUGACAUCUCUAUUGUAGAAGUGACCCACAAUCUCCAUGCUUUUUUCUAAUUUCCACUUUAGUUUUAACAUGCUGUCUGCGGUGAAGAUCGCUGAGGAAGUAUAGCUGGCACUGUAUUGCUGUCACUUACUUAACUUCCUUCAGAUGCAAAAAAGGGAACUCUAGUAAUUCUUCCUCUCACUUUCUUGAACGUUUAGCUGUGGUCAGCUGUUAAUGACUUUCUGUUCUCUGUGCUAUCAGUAAUUCUUUUGUUGAACUAAAUUGGAACAAACCUUUAAUUUGUCGUUGAAAUUUUACGGCCUCUGCAGUCAGAGGCUUUCUAACACCCUGCAUUAGGACACUGUGUUUACAAGCUGUCAGAACAUCAGGUCUACUAGACAGCACUGCUAGAGUCCACCGAGCAGAGCCUCCUGAAAUCGCCAUUUGACACUUACUUAACAUCUGCUUUCCAGAAACUAGGUCUUCAGUUGCUAGAAGGAGGGUGGGUGCAGAAGCGUCAAAGCAAGCAGAUUUGUAAGCAGACUGUAAAAGUAGCAUCCAUGCGCCAUCCCAGCUGGACAGCUGCAGCCUAUUUUGCUCUUCCUUGUAAUUUUACUUCUCUACAGCCUCUCUUGGCAGGUGACUGCUACAAAAGACAGAAAACGGAACAAAAAGAAUUCUCUGUCCUAACCCUUCCUUAUUUGAUUCACUGCAAAAGAACUUUCCACCUGCACUCUUUUUCUAAUAGACACUGCUUUAAUUGUUGUGUGUGGAAAAUCCUUGAUAAAUAGGUACAUAAUACAAACAAAUGGCUACAGCUUGGGCCAUAAGGGCUUGUUGAACAGGCUGGUUUUGUUUGGAACCAACUUUACUGAAUCUUAUCUUUCUGGGAGAGAACAUAAUUCAAGGUAAAACAGUUAAGUGCAUACAUUUAAAAUCCCCUCCUUGGCACUUAAUAGUUGCAAUAGUUUUGAAUACUAGGAGCUGGAAGGGAGACAGUUACUUAGUGUAUUUUGAACUAAAAGCGGGAGAAAAGUGUGGAAUAAGGUAGGAUAUUGCUGAUUAGAACAAAAAUCCUCUUCUCCAUUGGAAGUACUUUGCCUUUACAGUGGUGCCUUCAAUGUCUUUGGUGUGAUGUCUCUGGUCAGUUGCUUGUGAUCAGAGCCCAUGCUGAAUGGUGGUUACAGUAACCAUGUAUGUACCCUGUGCCCUAGUAGACAGUCUGGUAUGUUCCUCUCUUUAACACCCAAGUUGUAGUACAGCCAUUGCAGGUUCUCAAUUGGUACUUGCUUGAGUUUAAACAGGAGAGCAAGAGCUUCCUAGCUGCAUCUUAACACAAGUUGCAAAUAAAUGUAUAAUCAAGUAAAGAAUUAUUACUACUUGUACUAUCUGGAUUGGAUAUAUUAUUGAAUUAUACUAUCUUGGGAGAGAAAUAAAAGCUAGGUUUUCAAUCUGAACAAGGGACAGCAUGCUAGACACUUAAAUCAUGCAAAAGUCUUCUCACUGCAAGGUUAGGCCAAGCUGCGUAGAACCACAUACAACUAACAGCUCUAAUGGACAUCAGGAAAAAGGCAUUUUAUGAAUUAAGAGUUCAGAUUUGUCUUAGAGACAUGCUAAUACCUUCUUUUCUAGCACAUAUGAAGUGGUUACUCUAAUGUAUGUUAGAGCUAAUGGUCAUGUGUCUCACAGGAGAUGAGCUCGCCUAUCCGUCAUCCUUAAGGGCAGCAGAAAGUUCCAUCACCUUUUCAAGGGAAAGUAACUUACUGUACAGCUUAUUCUGUAAAGCAGUGCUACUCUAAUACUUUUUCCAUUUUAAGAACUACCAAAGUUAAUGGACAAAAAGCUAGGAGUAGCAGUGGCCCUCUUGGUGACAGACUAUGCAAGGGACAGGCACGCUUUGCUCUGGGAGGGGGAAAGGCAGUGGUUUCUGGAAUAGCAGGGCAAGAGCAUUUUGUCCUAAUGCAAAAGUCUAGGUACAAAGCAUGCGUACUAACGCACAUUUUCUCAUCACAGCUAUUCUAACCUAGUUGCUGUCUCCUUUCUGCUCCCCCCCCCACGAGCUAGUGGUCUAGCGAUUAUGGGAGAAGACAACACGUUAAGUCCUUUGUGAGGGACUGAAAUGUAGUGACUUAACAGAAUAGUACAGCUGUCUGAAACAGAGGGUGCUAAAUGCCUGUGAACCAGGAUUUCAGGUCCUGGUUAAUGCAACAUGUCAUUCAAACGGGAAUGUUUAAUCGUGGUUUAAACAAACAGGUGCCUUGGGCUGGUCCAUCAUUAGGUUGUUAUCCUUUCUAUUUAUUUAUUUUACAGUAUUUAAGUCCUUCUAGAAUGGACUGUAAAUUGAAGCCAGGAUAAGUGUUUUCAUGAGUGGGACCUACGAUUCUACUCCUGCUUCCCGUCUUGGAGUUCAUACAAAGAAAGUUGUUUGUUUUGCUGUCAGAAAUAUGAGAACUGAGCCCUUUCCUCAACACUGUAGAUAGCGGAUUCAGCCCCUGCUUAUUUUAUGUAAUGUUUUCCUCACACCUCCCCUCUCAAUGUUGCAGUUCAGAAGUCUAGAACCACUCCACACUGGAAGACCUCUGAAUUGUAGAGGAAGGGGAAAAAAUUACUUGACUGGUAUUCAUACAAGCUACUCAGCUUAUGCUGAUACAAAUAUUUAAAAAUCAGCCUGUGUCUCGGACAACCCUUGGUACUUUAACAUCAGAGCAGCAUUAACAAGACCAAUUCUGAAGGGAGCUCUUGGUUACCCUCAGGCAAGGAAUCACACUGCAGUGGGAGCUGCGUGUCUGAUACUACGGAAGAGAAUUAGUCAUUUUCCCUGUAAAAUGGUACAGAUGAGCCAGAAGUUAGUUCUUAUCAUCUCGCCCCUAGCGG